UUUAGAUUUCUUUGUUAACUUGAGCAGGAAAACUAAGUAAGAUGCGUAUUUGACACAUGGUAUCGGCAGGGACAGAAUGGCUUCUGAUGUGUUGUGCUUAUGUAUUAUGCUUGCAGGUGCCGACCUCUUCCUGGGCUUCUCAACCAGCUUUGAGCUGGUGUACGCACUGGCCCCUCCGGCCAGGUCUACCUCGACAAGUGCUACAUUACCUAUAGCUACUACCCCCACGGCGGCGGCCUCGGAGCUGCAGCUCACCCACGAAGACAAGAAGAACGAGAACAAGGAAGUGGCCGUCAAUGACUUCCUGCCUUCAGAAGAUGCCUACGAGGCCAUCCAACACUCCAUGGAUCAGGGGUGAGGGAAGGCAUGGAGGAGGCGUUCAACAUGUACCGGCAGUCAGUGAUCAGCGUGGCCCUCAUCGAGACGCUAGACAAAAUGAUGGCCAGUGACAUGCACAGCCCCGAGCUCGCCAUGGCCGUCGUCGUGCAGUUCGACAAGGUCGCCCCUUCCCUUCCCUUCCACAUGCUACCACUUCACUGCUUCCUCUCCCAAACUCAUCGAUCAACAACGAGCAUCUAUCUAGAUUGGCCAAGUGUUCGUUGAUCUGCAAGCCGGUUUAAGAGCUGGGAUUGGCCGGUCGAAUUCAACACGGAGCUGAGUGUAUGUCGAAACAUUUCGUCCAUCAAGCGCCACCUUGCCGCCUCCGGCCACCCCGACGACGCCCUCGCCUUCGCCAACCUCCACUACUCCAUGAGGCUGGGUGCGUGCGCAUGGCGGUGGGUCUGCUGUGGUGCGUGCGGUGGUGGCGCGGCUGGGCUCGAGGAGCUGCGAUGCGGCAGGGAGGGAGCUGCUUCCUCUUGUCCUGCUUCGUGUCCCUGAGGUGGCUAGCUGUGCAGGGGGCGGACGAGGAGGGUGCUGCGGCGGGAAGAAGAGGAGGAAGAAGGCGGCGGCGGAUUUGGACUGCGUACGAGUCAGGCUGCGACGGGGAGCUGCUGCUGUUGGUGCUGCUGGACAAAGGAGGAACUACAGCUGCUGCUGCCUUGUGCUGUUCCUGGAAGCUUGCCGAGCUACUGCUGCUUGUGUGGCUGCUUCUUGUUGUUGCGGCACAGAAAGAAAGAGGUGCAGCGUGCUGAAAAGUAAGACCCUGGGCUGGACUGCUUUACAGAGUAUUUUUUUCGAUGGACGUGCUGUUGUGAGCUUGGUGUUGUGGUGGUGAUUAUUACUGUUACAUGUUACAUGUAGAGAUGCUUCAUGAUUUAGUCCCUAGCUGCUUUCUAUAUUUGUUUUUAUUUUGUUUCUAACUCUUUUUGUUUAUUGUUAGAUGCCUUCGUUCAGCCUGUACGAACAUAUCCAGAAAUGGUGUUUCCUCUCAUUUAUGAAGCUCCAGCCUGAAAGUGAAUGUCGGUGUACUAGGGUAGGGGUCCCCUAGUAUCCCGAACUUGUGCACGGGCGGUUGCAGCACCCCGCGGCAAGGCUUGCCGGGUA